UCUGUCUCCCUCUGGCUGGAAGUGAGAGAGCAGCCUCCGACACAUGUAACCUCAUCAGUUUGUUGGAUAAAAGCUUCAGCCACCGGGUCACCAUUUCCCAAGGUGUGAGUGUUUUCGUGUGCGUGUGUGUAUGUGUGUGUGUAUGUGUGUGUGUAUGUGCUGAGAGUGCUUUGUGGUGGUGAUGUACUGUAGCUAUCAGGACCGAGAGGACUUGGAGGAUGAUCUCUACAAAGAUGAUGUUGGGGACUCUGAUGGGUCAGAGGCCAACAGUGAGCUGGAGUUCCGCCUCUACAGCCAGCUUCACUACUCUUCCAAUCCUGGAGAGGUGGAGGAGCAGGAGGACAAAGGAGACGAGGGAGAGGGACAGGGUCAGGACAGUCCGCAGCUUAAGGAGACCAAGAAGACUACAGAUAUUGAUGUAAAUGGAGAGCUAGAAUGCAGUGCGGAAAUCAGGCCUCCAUCAUCUAGUGCUGUCAAGUUACGGCAAGACCUGAAGACGAAGACCAAGCAGAAGAAGAAAAAGAAGGAGGAGGAAGAGUUACAGAAAUGUGAUAAACAGAAAAGGGGAAAAAGUGAUGUUAAAGGUCAGAAGUCGACAUCAUUACUUUUUGAGGAGGUCAUCGUCAUUGCCUCCAGCCCUGAUGUUAUCUCCAUCUCUGAGGAUGACACUGCUGAUGGUGACAUUUCCGAUGAUGACGUAGGGGUCUGUGCCUUAAAGGGUCGGAAUUUACGCCAACUGCAGACAUCCACCCCUGUCCAACAGGUAUCCCAGAAAAGGAAGAAGAAUCUUAAAGUCCCAGUGGAUGUGGACUCGAGCAGCUCAGAAUCUGAUUCAGAAGAGUCAGAGUCCAAAUCUGAGACUGAGUCAUCUGAGUCAUCUGAGUCAUCAGAGUCAUCUGAUUCGGAUGAUCUGGAGAACUGGAUGCUCCUGGGCCGAGGAAAUCAGGAUGGAGACCACACGAUCUCACUCAACCUGGAGGGAAGCUCUGACUUUAAUGCAGAUGCUGAAGGAAAAGAACACGAUGGCACAUGGGUGGUCUCUGAUAAGGACAAGGAGGCUCAGAUCUUCAACAAAGACAAAGGUGCCAGGUUAUCGGUGCAGCGAGUGUCAAACAGAUACUAUACCAACAAGAACGUCCAAUGCAGAAACUGCAACAAGAACGGACAUCUAUCCAAAAACUGCCCCGAGCCCAAAAAGUUGUCUCCCUGUUUCCUUUGUGGCACCCCAGGCCACGUGGUCAGCGCAUGUCCCAAUAAACACUGCAACAACUGCGGGAUGCCAGGUCACCUGUACGAUUCCUGCAGUGAGAGGGCGUACUGGCACAAACGGUGUCAUCGCUGCAGCAUGACGGGACACUUCUUUGAUGCUUGUCCGGAGAUCUGGAGACAGUACCACAUCACGACUAAGACAGGUCCGCCUGUGAAGCAGCGGGGAGAGGACCAGGGCCGAACCCCUGCCUACUGCUACAACUGCUCCAAGAAAGGACACUUUGGCCACGCAUGUACACGACAGAGGAUGUUUAAUGGAACUUAUCCCAGCACCCCAUUCAUCAACCAUUACGACACUAUGGAAGACAUCAAGCGUAGACAACACAGGACAAAGAUUAAGGUUAAUGACCUGAAGAAAAGUGGCGUUCUCCUUGCUAGCUCUCAGGCCCCUCUCACCCCAGGACCAUCAAAGAAGAAACAGAAAGUCAGCCAUCACAAAAACAACCACCAGUCUAACCAUACACCUCACCAUACCCCUAACAACUACAAACCAAGCUCCAGCCACAUCUUUUUUGCUGACGAUGACUUUACUGAUGUGAAAUCGAAAACAAAUAACCACAAAAAGUCCAAACGGCAAGAAAGUAUCGGUGCAGGGAAACCAUGGAAACCCAAGAGACCCGUGCCGACCUCGAGAGACCAGGUCUCAACAGGUAAACUAAUUUUGGAUGAAGCGGAUGACUUUCCCAGAGGUGGAGGCAGAGGAGAGGAAAUAGAAAAGAAGAAGAAGAUUAAGAGGAUGCAGAAAUCAAAGAAAGUUCCUCUAGAGGGACACAGAGAUAGCAGACCAGAUGGUCUUUGCUGGACUGUAACAGGGUCAAAGUCAAAGAACCAAGAGAGAGAAAACAGGAAGAAGAAGAAAGAUGCUGCCCGCAUGAUUGCUAACAAGAAACAUGCUGAACAGAUGUACCCAACCGAUGAGAACCUGUUUAUCAUAAAACAAAGGAAACGCAAGAGAUAGUAUCAGUUUGUGUGAUGGGUGGGUGUCAGGGGGUGUCAGGGGGUGUCAGGGCGGCAACCUUUAUGACCAGAGUAUUUUUGUGGGCGUGACAGGAAUGUGAUAAACAUUUUGUUGUCUCAGGUCUCGUUGCAGAACAGUCAACGUUUAUUUUGUGUCAUACUGUAAACUUGAUCCUUAUUAAAACAGCAACAUGUCUUCAUGACAUCUUCAUUGGUAUGUUUGAGUGACAGGUGAAGUGGCAGUUCAUGGAGUCUGUUUAGUUCAAUUAUUUUUGACACUAUGAAAUAAUUUCCACAGUGAUAAACAAUCUCAAAUAAACAAGAUGAGACGCAUUGCUAAUGAACUUAAAGAAACUGUUUUCCUCCAUCAACCUACAAUGUUUACAGUUCAUUAUUUAAAAAGAAGUGGAAAAAAUAAGUUUAAAAUCAUCAUUUAAUUAUCAUUUACAAUUUAUCUCUUUACAUCAGUCAUUGCAAAGUUUAAAUUAAAAACAGACUCCUUGAAGUACAGUCGGAGAAUCUCCGUGCCCCUGAACUGAAGUACUCAUAAAGUUGUUAGUGCUGUUUGCUGUUGGAACCAAAGAGGAUAGUGUUUUUAAAAAAUACUUCUACAACUUCUUUCCAUUUAGAACUGCAACACAUACUAAUUUUAAAUUAAUUUAAAUGUGUGAAUAUACUGUAAAUACCUGCAUUACACAUGCUUGAUGCACAUCUGAUGGUUUCCAGAUAGCAUGCAUCACUGACAUGCAGCCCUGACAGUAGUAAGUUUUUAACCAUCCACUAAACACAGCUGUACAUAGUCUCACCUUGGAAAUAUGAAUACCGGUUACUCGAAGUCUGCCCAACAAAAAGAAGACUUGAAUCUUCUCUGUCUCACUUGUUUUGUGAUUCAGGAAGAAAAAUAGGUUGCAUCAAUGUGUGCUUUACAUCAAUUUUGUUUGCUUUUGUAUCCUGGAUAGCUUUUAUCAUUUAAACAAGGAUUCACAUCACAUUCUUUGUGGUAUAAUUUAUGUCAAUGGUCCAAUAAAAUCAUA